AUGGCUGACAAGCGGAACCUACUUCUCUGCCUCGACGCAUUUGGCACCCUCUUCAGCCCCAAGGGCUCCGUAGCUCACCAGUAUGCCCACGUUGCGCGGCAGUGCGGCCUCACCGGCUUCUCAGACGGCGAGCUCGCGACGCAUCUGAUGGCCGCUAUCCGCGAGGAGCGCACGCGUAACCCCAACUACGGCAAGGCCACCGGUCUUGGAGCCACGCAGUGGUGGACGAAUGUCAUACACAAAACCUUUACUCCACUGAUUCCAGAGAACCAGCCGUUUCCGCCGACGUUGGUCCCGGCGCUGAUUCAUCGAUUCGCCUCAGCCAGAGGCUACGACGCGCAGCCCGACCUCGUCCCCGCACUGCGCGCAUUGCGUCGCCCCAAGGCGCUGCACGCCUUUGACAAGGUCGUUAUCGGCGUCCUAACCAACUCGGACGAUCGCGUACCCAGUAUUCUGUCCUCGUUUGGCCUAAACGUGAGCCCGCUACGCUACGGUGCCGACGAGCACGCCAGCCCUCGUCCGCGGGACGACUACGACGUCGACUUUCACUGCAUGUCUUAUGACGUGGGCUUUGAGAAGCCCGACGCGCGAAUCUUUGCCGCCGCAGAUUCCAUGCUGGACAGGAUCGUCACGGCGCGAGAAGGGGGAUCGGCGCGGGGGCAGGACUGGUACAGGAUUUACGUCGGCGACGAGCACGCCAAAGAUGUCCUGGGGGCCGCCAAUGCUGGCUGGCAUCCUAUCCUGUUGGAUUCUGACUCGCAGGCCUCCGACGUGCCAAAGCUUGAGGACUGCCCAGACCAGUCCAUCGCUGACGUGUUUCAACUUCAUCCCGUUGUGCGCGUGCCGUCUAUACGGGCCCUGGCGCUGUUGUUGUCUGGAUCUGGAUGGGCUUCGAAGAAAGCGUCCUGGCACUAG